AUGGAAUUACGAUCCCAUGAAAAGAAGAAUAGGUUAAUAUGCUUUAAAACGUUUUCUUUAACGCGGCAAACAGGAAGAUCAGAAGAGAGUAUUCCUCGUGUGUUCCGUCGCUUCAAGAAUGGACCUUCCCUCGACGCUUCCAGUUUACGUAGGACCAGGUCGUUCAGUUUGCCUCGGAUCCUACAGAGAGAAAAGGACGAAAAACAGCAUUUUACUUUCAGUUUUUCAAUCGGGACAAAACCAAAACAGGCCUGCUCACCUGAAAGAUCGUCGAUGGAAGACAGUAGUCAAAGUAAUAGCUUGAAAGAGAGGGGCGGACGUAAUAACUUUGUCAUACCUACUAUUUGUAUUCAAACGCCAGAAGAAGUUAAUCUAAUUCUCCAAUUGCGUACUUUCUCAAUUGAUGAGUCUUCGCAAUUGAUGCCUGAACAAGGAGAGAAUAAGGACUGCCUGACAGAGGGUGAAAGCUCUGCAUGUAAAACCACCCCUGAUAUCAUCGAUAAAAGAACUCCGCGUAGAAAGCGCAGUGCGUCUUGGAGCGGCACUGAUAUGGGAAUUUAUAGCAGUGGGGAGCCAGUAAAUAUAAACUUUGACGAGGUGUUAAAACACAGUGUCUCAUGGAGCGCCUUUUUCGAUUCGGAUACAUCACGCGAGACUGAUCUAUGUUCAACAGAAUUAUAG